AUGGAGCCCUUAACGGCUCUGGCCCUGGCAGGGAACAUUGGACAAUUCGCCGAGUUUGCGCUUAAGCUUAUCAAAGGCACUGCACAGAUACAUAGCUCAGCGUGUGGUACUUCGGACAAAAACAGCCACCUGGAGGGCAUCAGCGAGAGGUUAAUGGAAUUCAGCUCUCGUAUGAAAUACGUACAUGCAAAGCAUGCAGCCAACAAUGACAGUUCAUUCAGCUUGUCAUACUAUUCGCCUGAUCUCGAAGACCUCGUGGCAAAAUGCACUGAGGACUGCAAGCAACUGUUACAAAUAAGUCGAAAACUUCAGGUGACAAGUGCCUCGAGGAACCGAAAAUGGGACAGUUUCAAGAAAGCAAUGUACGAUGUUUGGCAUGAGAAAGACAUUGCACAGCUUCAGGAUCAGAUAAGCAAACACCGGCAAGAGAUUGUGAUGAUGCUUUCUGCCAUUUCAAUUGAGAACACCGAGCAGACAUCAUUACAGCUGCAGCAAUUGAUAUCGGAAACAAACAUUCUUCGGGCUGAAAGACUGAAUCAAUUUGACCUCCUCGCAACUUUGUUGCAAAAUGUAUACGAGCAGAUCAAACUCAUCAAGACCCGAGUUAUCAAGCCCGAUGAUGGAGGAAUUAUCAGAGGAUACAGCAUUGAUGAGGUCGAGGUGCUAACAGCCGAUGUCUCAAGACUAACAAGUCUUCAGAGAAAAUAUGCCCGUGAGGAGUUCGUUCUUUCUGGCCUGAACUUUGAGCAACGCCCUAUGCGACACAACAGCAUCCCUCGGGCACACAUGAAGACCUUCAAAUGGGUGUUUACUCCUGUAACAACCCAGGAUUCCACUCAGCCAUUGCUAAUUCAAUGGCUGGAGAGUGGGGAAGGCGUAUACUGGAUUUCCGGGAAACCUGGAUGCGGAAAAUCCACGCUUCUUAAAUAUAUUUGUCAGAAUGACAAAACAACGGAACACUUAUCUACCUGGGCAGGAGAUGCCCGUAUUGUGGUAGCAAGCCAUUUCUUCUGGAGCUCUGGAUCCUCGAUGCAAAGAUCUCGUGAGGGUCUAUUAAGAUCCUUACUAUACGACAUUCUCAGCCAGCUCCCAGAGCUGAUUCCGAUCAUUUGUGCACGGAGCGAAGUUCCUCUGUUGAUACAAAAAAUCACAGAACGGGCUGAAGGAGUGUUCCUUUGGGUUUUCCUGGUUGUGCGUCAACUUCGCGACGGUCUUAUGAACGGUGACAGCCUUGAAGACCUUACAAUGCGACUGGACAUCAUUCUUACGGAUCUAGAACGCUUUUUCAAACAAAUAUUGGAAACCGUUGAGCCGUUUUACCACCAAAAGCAAUCCCGAACGCUCCAGUUAGCCAUCGUGGCUGAAGAACCGCUUCGUUUGGAACUUUAUAGCUUCCAAGACCUAGAACAUCGACAUGAAGACUACGCUCUGGGGAACUCCAUGCGAGUGUUUGAUGGGGACGAAUUCGAAAGAUUCCAUGGACCCAUGGCAAAGCGCCUGAACAGCCGAUGCAAGGGCUUAUUAGAGGUUCGUGAUCGAAAGGUUGAAUUUCUGCAUCGGACUGUUAGAGAUUUUCUUCGUUCGGCAGAAAUGGCAGACUUCCUCAGGAACAGGUCGACCGGAUCUUUUAAGCCAGCCUUGUCCAUUCUGAGAGCGCAUAUUGCUUGGAUGAAGAGCACACGAUUCAAUAACGGUUCUACGAGCUCAGAGUCGGGAGAAGAGUCUUUUCUGUUCCGGCUUAGCCAGAUUCUUGAUUACGCUCAAGUGGCAGAAAACCAAGAUAGCAGUUGCAGGAGGCCAGUGGCUGAACUCCUGGAUGAACUGGAGUUGGUAUUACAGACGAUGGUGCUCACAGGCCAGAUCAUAAUGCCAGACGAGUCGAUGAUAAGUGGUCAAGACAUGCUGACUCCGGCGGAAGGUAUCGUGUCCCUCUUCCGGAAAGCAGUCAUUGAGAAAAACUUGCGGCAUUUUAUUUCCUGGCAGCUUGGCCGAGACGCAGCGUACUUCACAGUCCUUGCUGAAGCACCUCUUCUGCUGGCAGCCGAGUGUUACGCCGCUGAAUCAUUGGUUACAACGAUCUGUUUUACUACAACAAGGCCAGACGGUUCCCCUGGGACAGCAUCCUUAAUUCAGCAGUUCCUUGAAAGUGGAUUUGAUCCCAACAAACAACUCAUAGUAAAACCCAUGAACGGUCUUACUAGCCCUUGGACAGAGUUCAUGUCUCUAAUUGCACCAUGGCAUCAGAACUCGGACUUAGCACACGCAUUACCAAAGCAAGUGCAAUCCUGCUAUUUACAUGCCCUAAAGUUGGGUGUAUUCACCCAUUUUCUUCGCCACGGGGCUAAUCCCAAUAGCCGUGUGCCAAAUUGGUACGCGUCCGAGCGGCAACAGGAGCGAGAUGUAUACUAUAGUCCAACUAUAGGGACCAUUUGGGUGUUCCUCGGCUUCACUGUAACAGAUGUAUGGAGGCAUAGUGAGGUAUUCUUGCGCGAUCUGAAAUCCGUGAUAGCCGCCGGGGCACAUUUUGAUGACCUUGGACUGGGAGGCACUUUUGAGAUCCCGGAGCAGAAGAAAGAAAUGCAGUGGGAUUCAACUAUGAACAGCGAAUCAAUCUUUGAUCUUGAACAAUUCAAGAGCAAUAGCGCGAAGUGGAACGUCGAUCGAGCUAAUCAGGAUCGAACUCGACAGGAAAAGAAAGGCUCUCAGCUCAAGGCAACGCGAUGGCAAAUCAUAGUCGCUCAUCUUUGUAGGAAAGGGGUACCUGAACGGCAAUUGUUGCGGACCAAAAUCAUCAUCGAGGUCGCAAAGGCGGAUUCAAGAAAGGUUCUUCCUUGGGCCAUGCUCGUCGAUGCUGCCAAAGACAGUUUGGCCCGCCAUUUGGUACAAGCCAUAUCGAAGGCAAUUCAAGACGGCUAA